GCCACAGGGGACAUGAGUAGCAAUGAUCUAUUGGAAAAAGAGGGACACGAACACUUGAGUCACAAUCUCAACAACGGCACCAGCAGCAGCAAUGUGGAAGCAGCCCAGAGGCUGGCGAGACGCCUCUACAAGCUGGACAAAUUCAAGCGGUCUGACGUAGCAAAGCACUUGGGCAAAAAUAAUGAAUUCAGCAGACUCGUAGCUGAGGAAUACCUUAAGUUCUUUAAUUUCACGGGCAUGUCUUUGGAUCUCUCCCUCAGGAAAUUCUUCAAAGCCUUUUCCCUUCUUGGAGAAACUCAGGAAAGAGAGAGAGUUCUAGUUCAUUUCUCGAAUAGAUACUACCAUUGCAACCCGAAUGCCAUUUCCACACAAGAUGGAGUCCACUGCCUCACGUGUGCAAUUAUGCUGCUCAACACGGACCUCCAUGGCCACGUGAACAUUGGCAGAAAGAUGUCCUGCCAAGAAUUCAUUGCCAACCUUCAGGGAAUGAACGAAGGCCAAGAUUUCCCAAGGGAACUUUUGAAGGCUCUCUACAAUUCAAUCAAAAAUGAGAAGCUUGAAUGGGCAGUAGAUGAUGAAGAAAAGAAAAAAUCCCCCUCUGAUGGUACUGAUGAGAAGGACAACACAAACCAGUCAAAGGCCGGCAAUCGCAUUGGCAAUUCCAAUAAUCCGUUCCUCGACAUUCCUCACGACCCCAAUGCUGCUGUUUACAAAUCUGGAUUCCUGACACGUAAAAUCCAUGCCGACAUGGACGGAAAGAAGACUCCACGUGGAAAGAGAGGCUGGAAGACCUUUUAUGCUGUGCUGAAGGGAAGUGUGCUUUAUUUGCAAAAGGAUGAAUACAAACCAGAUAUGGCUCUUUCAGAGGAUGAUCUUAAAAAUGCCGUCAGUGUGCACCAUGCCUUAGCAUCCAAGGCAACCGAUUAUGAGAAGAAGCCAAAUGUCUUGAAGCUCAAGACGGCCGAUUGGAGAGUCCUGCUUUUUCAAGCCCCCAGCCCAGAAGAAAUGGAGUCGUGGAUCAAUAAGAUCAACUGUGUGGCGGCUGUUUUUUCUGCCCCGCCGUUUCCAGCUGCUAUUGGUUCCCAGAAGAAAUUUAGCCGCCCACUCUUGCCUGCCACCACAACCAAAUUAUCUCAGGAUGACCAGCUGAAAUCGCAUGAAGCCAAACUGAAGCAGAUCUCCACUGAGCUGGCUGAGCAUCGCUCCUACCCGCCGGACAAGAAGCUGAAAGGCAAGGAAGUCGAGGACUACAAACUGAAAGAGCACUAUUUGGACUUUGAGAAAACCCGCUACGAAAUGUAUGUGUCACUUCUCAAAGACGGAAGCGGAAAAGAGUUGCUGAGCACUGCUGAGAACGACGGCCCGGGACUGAAGAAAUGCCAUUCGAGCCCUUCAUUAAAUCAGGAGCCUCCAGUUAGUGCCAAGGUGAAGCGUAACAUCUCUGAGCGGAAGGACUAUAGACCUGAAACACCAAGCGUCAAGCAGAAGGUGACUUAG